CCAAGCUAGCGGGGCUGGCGGGCGAGCCUGGCGGCCUCCCUUGGUGACUUCGUGGCGCCCUAUUAGCGUCUCUGCCGGCGUGCGCCCUCUGCACCUGGCAGCAGCCUUGGCGCUGUCUCCCCUACCUUGUCUCCUUCGGGUGUAUAGGGCAGGUGUGACUUCGCCUCUUCUGAAGAGGCCAGCCGAACAAAGUCCAUUUUUUCGGGCCGUCAGGCCAUGGUGGGAAAUGUUAUCCCCGAUCUAUUGCUGGUUGUGCGGGCGCGGCGUGCCACACCAUGCAGGAUGGAUCCGGGACACUUUGGGGCCGCACGGUAUAGCGGCCUGCGUUUCUGGUCAAUGAGGUGCCGGGGCUUGGCCCAGUGUGUGGCGGUGGUUGUUGCAAGAAUGGUGGCAGGGAGCGGUCGCCGCUUCUACCAGUCCAGUGCGCCUUUUUUGCUAUGUUGGCACCACCGGGCUCCCAGCCCGCGGCACCGUGCGCCAUUCGCGUCCGAACGGGCGCGGGGGGACAGGCUAUCGCCACCCGGCCGAGCCGCCCACCAAAAAAAACGCCCCGGGGGGCGGCGCCGGGGUUAUACAGACGCUUGUGGCGCCUGCCGUCUGCUGCUGAAAAAGCCGCGUGUGCGCAAGUUUUGCGCAAGUCCGCAGCAAGUUCUCAAAUCGUCCCGCACUAUCCACCGUUUUGGCUCUAAUGACUCAUCUCAUAAAUCUUCGGCCUGUUCGUCAGUGUGCGGGUCCGUCAUCUGCUGUCGGAGGGUCCACCAGGUGUUCGACGCAUUUGCCUUACAGAGGGCGGUCUCCUGUGGAUGA